CAAAUAUAAACACUCUCUCUAUAUAUCUCUCUCUCCCAUUCUCUCUCUCUCGCACUCUCUUUGCAUUUUCCUCUGCAUUUUUUUCUUCAUUAAUCUCUCUAUCUUUUUGUUUCCUCUCUCGGAAAAAAAAAAUUGUCUUCUUUUUUAUUUUCUGGUUUUUAAAAUCUCUCUUCUUCUUCUUGUUCUUCUUCUUUCUUUUGUUUUACCCUUUUCUCUCUUUGCGUGUGUGAGAUAUUUUUCUACCAUUCAUCAUCAUCAUCAUCACCUUUUUUCAGAUUGGUGAUUUUAUAUGUUAAUGGUGCUUCCUUCUUCAACCUCACUGUUGUCAAGAGUAAUUUGGAGGUGAAAGGUUGCAUUUUUCUCUACUAGUGAGUGUAGAUAGUAUCGAGUUCGAGAUGGAUCAGAGAAGAGGAAAUGAGCUUGAUGAAUUUGAGAAGCUUCUAGGAGAGAUUCCAAAAGUUACUUCAGGAAACGACUAUAACCAUUUCCCUAUAUGUUUGAGCUCAAGCAGAUCACAAUCCAUCAAGAAGGUUGAUCAAUAUCUUCCUGAUGACCGUGCCUUUACCACUUCAUUUUCCGAGGCUAACUUACACUUUGGAAUCCCAAAUCACACUCCAGAGUCUCCCCAUCCUUUGUUCAUUAACCCUUCUUACCACUCACCAAGUAACUCACCUUGUGUAUAUGACAAGUUUGAUUCAAGAAAACUCGAUCCGGUAAUGUUCAGGAAGCUGCAACAAGUUGGAUACCUUCCAAACUUGUCUUCAGGGAUCUCACCUGCUCAGCGGCAGCAUUACCUGCCACAUUCGCAGCCUCUGUCUCACUAUCAAUCACCUAUGACUUGGAGGGAUAUCGAAGAAGAAAAUUUUCAGAGGCUUAAACUUCAAGAAGAACAGUAUUUGUCUAUUAACCCUCAUUUCCUCCAUCUUCAGAGCAUGGAUACUGUUCCAAGACAGGACCAUUUCGAUUAUCGCCGAGCUGAACAGUCUAACAGAAACUUGUUUUGGAAUGGAGAAGAUGGUAAUGAAAGUGUGAGGAAAAUGUGCUAUCCGGAGAAGAUUUUAAUGAGAUCACAGAUGGAUUUGAACACUGCUAAAGUCAUAAAGUAUGGUGCUGGAGAUGAGUCACAAAAUGGAAGACUUUGGUUGCAGAAUCAACUCAAUGAAGAUCUCACAAUGAGUCUCAAUAAUCUGUCAUUGCAGCCUCAAAAGUAUAACUCUAUUGCAGAGGCAAGAGGGAAGAUAUACUACUUGGCCAAGGAUCAGCACGGUUGUCGCUUCUUGCAGAGAAUAUUUUCUGAGAAAGAUGGGAAUGAUAUAGAGAUGAUCUUUAAUGAGAUCAUUGACUAUAUCAGUGAGCUAAUGAUGGAUCCUUUUGGGAACUAUUUGGUUCAAAAGCUGCUAGAAGUAUGCAAUGAGGAUCAGAGGAUGCAGAUUGUUCAUUCCAUAACUAGAAAACCAGGACUGCUUAUCAAAAUCUCUUGUGAUAUGCACGGGACUAGAGCUGUUCAAAAGAUAGUUGAAACGGCUAAGAGAGAGGAGGAGAUUUCAAUCAUCAUUUCUGCUUUGAAGCAUGGCAUUGUGCAUUUGAUAAAGAAUGUAAACGGUAAUCACGUUGUACAACGAUGUUUGCAGUAUCUGUUACCUUACUGCGGAAAGUUCCUUUUCGAAGCUGCGAUUACUCAUUGUGUUGAGCUUGCAACUGAUAGACAUGGAUGUUGUGUACUUCAAAAAUGUCUUGGAUAUUCAGAAGGCGAACAAAAGCAACAUUUAGUCUCUGAAAUUGCGUCCAAUGCUCUACUCCUCUCUCAAGAUCCUUUUGGGAACUAUGUACUUCAAUAUGUCUUUGAGCUUCAACUUCAAUGGGCAACCUUUGAAAUCCUGGAGCAAUUAGAAGGAAACUACACCGAGUUAUCGAUGCAGAAAUGUAGCAGCAAUGUAGUUGAAAAGUGUCUGAAACUAGCUGAUGACAAACACCGAGCUCGCAUCAUCAGAGAAUUGAUUAACUAUGGUCGUCUUGAUCAAGUGAUGUUGGAUCCUUAUGGAAAUUAUGUCAUUCAAGCAGCUCUUAAACAAUCCAAGGGGAAUGUUCAUGCUCUUUUGGUUGAUGCCAUUAAACUGAAUAUCUCAUCUCUUCGUACCAAUCCUUACGGUAAAAAAGUCCUCUCCGCACUUAGCUCGAAGAAGUAAAUCGGCAGGUAAAAAAAUAUAUGAAAACUCAUAACUUUGCUUUCUCUCUUGAAUCUUUCUCUCAAUUUUACCAUUAAUUUCUUGACAAUUGCAGAAUUGUAGCAAAUGUGGCUGUUUGUUGUUGGUAAAGUUACCUUGUACAUGUAAUGUAAUAAGAGCAUAAUUUCGCAGGUUUUUGGUUUUAAAGAUUCAAAGAGACAAAAUAUUCAAAGAUCUAAUCUACAAUUCCUCUGUUUCGACUCUCC